CGCGACGAGGUGCCCAGCCCCACAUUCCUCGCAACUCACAGCCACACUUUGCCGAGGAAGCGGCGGAAGAUCAAGUCCAGGAGGAGAAGCCAGGGAGGCAGCUACACAAAAGAUGCAGGGGACCAUGCGGUUGUGGCUGUCGGUGAUGACCCUUGCUCUGUGCCUGUUGAUCUGCCUGGGGACGCUGACAGAAGCAUAUCCAUCUAAACCGGACAGUCCAGGGGAGGAUGCUCCAGCAGAAGACAUGGCCAGAUACUACUCGGCCCUGAGGCAUUACAUCAACCUCAUCACACGGCAGAGGUAUGGAAAGCGAUCCAGCCCAGAGACACUGAUCUCUGAUCUUUUGUUGAGAGAAAGCACAGAAAAUAUCCCCAGGUCUAGGUAUGAAGAUCCUGCAAUGUGGUGAUGGAAAUAACAGCCAAUCCUCAGUCUUUUUCAGAGUUUUCAGUGCAGAUUCCAUUGCUAGAAGACCUGUUGAAAUUUCACUUCCCCUCCAGCGCAUGCAUGCAGCCAUUGUACUGAAUUAUGUAGUUUUCCACUCAUUAUCCUUGUACAUAUACUUAUUUAAAUAAAUUACUUGUGCACUCUAAAUGUUACCAUUUUACAUGCGUGCGCAAGAAAAAGGCCAUUACAGUGGGUAAAGAUUUGUUUUUAAGCUGUUGAGUUAUUUCUUACUGUCUAAAGUAGCAUGUACAAUAUUCAUAGCGCCAACUCAAAUAGUUGUAAAAAGUGUCAUUUAUUUAACAUUUUAUCAAAACUAGAGGCUCUCUCAAUAUUUGAUUUAUAGAACCUUAUUUGUUUCAUGACAAUUACACCCCGUGAUGCAAAUGAGAAAAAUAAAAUGACAUGGAAAGUGCA